AAUUGCUUUCAAUUUUUUCAGGCAGCCAACAUCAAGCGUGAAAUGACCUUCCAUGCAUUUCAACAGGAGGAUGUAAAAAGUGACAUCAGUCGAAAACUGCCAGACCAACAGUUUCUCCUGUUCACCACAAAGGAGGAAGAUUUAAAAACAGCAGAGACCAAAAAACUAAAUAGAGCUCAUGAGUAUGAAAAGGAAAACACUCGUUCUGUUUGUCUUCUGGAACAGAAGCGCAAGGUUGUUUCUUCAAAUAUUGAUGUGCCUCCAGCAAGGAAAUCUUCAGAAGAACUGGACAUGGAUAAAGUAACAGCAGCCAUGGUACUCACCAGUUUAUCCACCAGCCCUUUGGUCCGCAGCCCUCCUGUCCGACCCAACGAAUCCCUGAAUGGAUCUUGGAAAGAAGGAGGAUUUGUGCCUUCUAGUACCAGCAGCAGUGGAUACUGGAGCUGGAACGCUCCCAGUGACCAGUCCAACCCAUCCACCCCAUCUCCACCUCUGUCAGCUGAUAGCUUCAAAGCUUUUCGGACACCUUCCCAGCCAGAUGAUGGUAUUGAUGAAGGUGAAACAAGCAACCUUCUCUUCGAUGAACCCAUUCCUAGGAAGAGAAAGAACUCCAUGAAGGUGAUGUUCAAAUGCCUGUGGAAGAACUGUGGAAAGGUACUGAGCACAGCUGCAGGGAUUCAGAAACACAUACGGACCAUUCACCUUGGACGUGUAGGAGAGUCAGACUACAGUGAUGGAGAGGAGGAUUUUUACUAUACAGAAAUCAGGCUCAACACAGACUCAGUAGCUGAUGGCUUAAGCAGUCUUUCCCCAGUCUCUCCAUCUUUAGCAUCUCCUCCUUCCUUUCCCACCCAAGACACAAUCCGUCCUGAAACUUCCUGUGCCAAAACCGAGACUAAAUUGAUGACACCUCUGAGCCGCUCAGCUCCUACCAACCUCUACCUCGUACACACGGACCAUGCUUACCAGGCCACUCCUCCAGUGAACAUUCCAGGGUCAGCAAAAUUCACUCCCAAUGGCAGUAGCUUUAGCAUCUCUUGGCAGUCGCCUCCAGUUACCUUCACCGGCAUUCCAGUCUCACCAACCCAUAAUCGUCCUGCAGGGAGUGGAGAGCAGAAACAGUCCCACACAGGUCUUUCAUCACCGCCUAGAGUAGCAUUUGGCUUGAGGAAGCCUAGAGGGGAGGGGAAGAAGUGUCGGAAGGUCUAUGGGAUGGAGAACAGAGAUAUGUGGUGCACUGCCUGCCGAUGGAAGAAGGCCUGCCAAAGGAGAAAAGCAAAGCUGAUUUUGCAAGAAGGACAAGCAGCACUCUUGGAAGAUUUUUAAAAGAGGCACAGACCAGUGGAGUGGAACAAAGUAAUUUAAGUACCAAAUUGGAUUUUGAUCCUCUAGAGGAAGAAAAGCAGCGAUGGCAAGUCACCAGCAGAUACUGUCACGAGAAGGCUGAGGGAAGAAAUACAGUGAUGCUUGAUUGAAACUCACAAGAAUAUAAGGGGGCUCCAGUAGCUUUUCUUAUUACUCUCCCCUUUCUGAGGGGGCAUGAACAGUUGGACCAGCACAGCUGUUGCUGCAGGAGGCCUGUGAAGAACUGGUAAAUGCAGCCACUAGGAUUAUAUGUAAUACCUAAUUCAGGGACAUGAUCCAGCCCAGCAGUUCUGCUUUUGGUUCCUUUUCUCUUAUUUCAGAGAUUGUUGUUAAGAUAAUGGUUCGUUCAGCUUUUUCUUUUAAAGCUACUAAGAUUUAUUUGAUGCAAAAAAUUGGUAGAGAAAAGAAAAUACCCUCUUUCCCCAACAUCAUCUCAGAAAAAGAAAUACAACAGCAAAGGAGCAACAUAUUUGUGGUAAAAGACCAUUUCUUAACUCAUUUUGAUACAUGAAUUAACAAAUUUCUCUAUUUGCAGUACUUGGAUUGAUUUGGGUAUUUCAGUUUCUCUGUCCAUUAGGAAGUAUACACUGGAAUGUGGCAACCUGGUGUUCUGUGUCCACUUGUAUCAAAUUACUGUUAAUUAAUGAUUAUUUUGAUGCAAAAAUAAAGGAAGGAUUUACUAGGAAGUGAAUGUAUAUGGCGAAAUAAUACUUGCCUGAUAAAGAAAACAAGACACCUAAAAAAAUCAAAGACUGAAGCAAAACUUUGCCUAUUGAUAGAGGCAUGAGGGGCCACAAAUGCCUGGGUUAUUUUUUUUCAUAACAUUUGAACCAACUGAAAUUAGACCAAAUCUUCUUCUACUUUUUUUUUUUUUUUUUUUAAUAAAUUAUGUAAGCUGGCUCAUUCUUAUAAGAGGACUUUUAAGUAUAUAAACAACUUCCUAAAAUCUGGUCCAAAGUUCACUUGAUAGCUUUAUUAAGUGUGUAGCGCUGCUUGUGUCUAUGUAAAAGCACAAAAUAACAAUGCAGUUGUUUGCAAUAUACACUGUGGAUUCCAUAGGGUAGCAGUGAAAAGAAUUCAUAAUAGGACUUACUAAAGGUUAUCAUCUGAUUUUCUGUGAACAAGUUAAUUGGGCAAUCAGGUGCCUAAUUUGAGCAUGCUAUUUCUGCAGUUAUUUACAAAUUGUGUAAUUUACAUGCACAAGUGGCAAGAUACGCUUGCAUGCAUGCAAUUACUUGAUUUUUGCCCAAUUGUGCUCUUCACAAGUCACAAAGCAAAAAGAAAAACAGACUCUGAAAUCCAGUAAGACCCUGAGAUAUAUACACAUAUGAGUGUUUAUGAGUAUUUGUGUGUGUGUGUGUGUGUGUGUGUGUGUGUGUGUGUGUGUGUACAUGCAAAACUAUAUAUAUGAUAUAGUUUUAGAUGUGUAUAUAAAAUCUGAAAUUAACAGGGAAGAGAAAGAUUGUUUUCUUUACAAAUAGGAAAAAAAAAGACAUUAAGGGUCAGUGGAUAUACACAGGCACUGUAUAAUCUUCUUUCCUCUUAGUAAAAUAUGGAUUUUCUUUACAUGUUGUAUUUUUUCAAUUUCCACAGUAAAAUACCUCAUAGUAAUUCAUAGACAUUUCAUCUUCAAACACUGGGCUUGCUGAUGGUGUACUUACUUAGAUAGAGCUUAAAAAAUUUGGGACCUUCCCAAGAUAUUCCUACCAAUUUGUUUCCUGCCUUCCAUUUUAAUAGCACUCCAAGAGUAUAAAGCAUUCCAUAAUUCGACUGUUGUUGGACUAAAAGUAUUUGCCUAUAUAUUUGUUGCUCACCUCCUUUUUGCUUUGGAGGAUUUUUUUGAAAAUAAUGUAUCAGAUUGUAUAUUGUUUCUAUAAUGUCAUGGCAUUGUGAGCACCUUUCCCGAGGGCACUUUAAGAACUAUUGUAAUAGGAUUAUUCUUUAUAAACUUCUGCGUAGAAGAAUGGUUUUGUUGCCAGACCAGGUUGCCCUCUGGUACAAAUUGGAUAUGGAUUACAUAAAGGACUAAAGCCACAAACCAUCAAAACUGGAGAGAAAAUUGGUGUUAAUGAGGCAGAGAACAGAAGGUAUUGAUAAGUCCUACCAGGACAAAGCCAAAUUACCAGUAUUUUUAUACAACCUUUAAUCAGCGGUUUAUAUUAAAUCAGUUUUGGAUCUUAUGGCUGUGGCAUUUUGAUUCAUAAGUAGGCACUUGCUGAGGUACCAUGUCUGAAACAAGGCUGGCAAUAGCACAACAGCCUGGCCCCUGGCCACACACAGAGCAUUCUGCAGUCUUUGUGCUUUGAACUCAAGUUAACUCAUGUUGCACGAGCAGUUCAGCACCUGCCGAGAUCCCCUUCGUGAUCCUCACACAGCCAGCAAGAACAGAAAUGUCAGCUAAGCCUUCCUUCUGCUGACAGUACUGAUCAUAAUAACCUGGAGUAAUCGCUUCCAUUUUUCACUCUCUUGCUUCUGUGUUGCCUUGGGCUGCGUCUCUGUCCUCCUAACACCUGAUUUAUCUCACACUCCUGCACUGACCAGUCCAAAACAGUCAGAUUUCUUUGUUCUCCCGAGGAAGAGCUAGCCGGAGUGCUGUGGUCAUUUAUUGGCAUCACUACAUGCCAGUUCCAGUUUCUUGGUUUCUUUGUGGGAGAUAAAUCAUUGUUUCUGAUCCCCCCAGAGAAGUCAUAAAGAAUGUCUUGAACACAUCAUGCAGUGUCUAUGUGCUACAGAGAUUUGAACGUAGGUUCAUCUAUGUCAAGAGCCAGAACUUGAUAUAAAAAUGUAAGAAUCUGGUUUUUUGUUAGUAAUAUUGACGUUGGUAACAAAAAUUGCCAGCAUCAGUAUCAGAGUGGAGAUCAACCAUACUGAUCCCAAAUAUUUUUCUUCAGGAGUUUCCCUGUUAGAACAAAGCUAUUUCCCUAAUUCUUCAUUCACCCAAUCCUCCAAAAGAUCUGGAAAACAAGAUAAUUUUAGAAGUGGGGAAUCUUAAUGGCAAUUUUUAAUAUUGACUGUGCUCCAACUGCUCCUCUGUGAAGCUAUAGAACAUUAAAACUCAGAUCAUCGUAGUCAUAAAAAGGUUUCCACAUGAAACAAUGUGCCUGAUUCUCUAGUGCCUUGCACAAAAGCAACAGGAUAUACAAGAUGCAAAGUGAGUAAAACUUCUGUUACAAUUUGCGAGUUUACACUUUUAACCAAUACCAGUCAUCACCUAGCAUGUACCUGUUGGCAGGUGUGAAUAAGCUGAGCAGAAUGCCUGUCUGUUGGAUUACUUUUCCCAAAUCCUUAGCCUGGUAUGAACAUUAGCUAUCUAAUUAUCUACAAGUUCCUUGCAGUUACUGGCUAUUGCCAGCGUCACCAUCUUUAUUCCUUCUCUAUUUAGUUUUUCACAAUAAUGACUAGAUAGGCAGCACAACAGGAGGUAGAGCUUUAGCCCAGAGCUCUUGUAGAACCUGCACGAUAGAUUCCAGCACCAUGCAAUGUCCCAGAUGUUCUUGGCACUAAUUUCAUUUUGUCAUUCAUUCUGAUCCAGUACAUUGGGAUGGUUUUCUAUUGCUUGCUGUGGCCUGGGACCAGCUGAAAUGGCCCCGUUGAGAAUCCAGGACAAUCACUGUAAGUGUUGGACUACAAAGUGAUUUUCUUUCUUCUGCUGCCUGUGAAUGUGUUGGAACAUGAUCUUGGAAGCAGGACAUGGAAUUAGAGGCUUGCUAGUCCUUUUCAGAGAUGUUGGAGGUUGCCAGUGAGGCUUCCUUCUGUUGGUUCAAAGUUAGAGCCAUCUGCUGGAGAAAGUUUGCUGCACCUUUUCUUAAAAAUACUUUGAUACAGAAAGUAUCAUUUACAUUUUUAAAGCCUCAUCUUGAUCUUAUAUUCUAUUUGAUUUUCAUGUAAGGUGGUAGCACUCAAACUGAGAGCAGUAUGGAGUUUGGGCUUUAAUCUGCAUUUGUGUGGUUUUUCUAGUAGAUAACCAGGCAGGUGUAAGGUAUCAUAGUGUGGAUUUUAUUCUAAGUUCAGCAGAGUUUUAUGGCACCUUUAGAAAAUACUUAGAAGGAAGUCAUGGGCAGAAAUCAAGCUGAGCAUUUAAAUACACUCUCUAUCUGCUAGAUGGGAGCAGCCUUUCUUUGCAUCCAAAUGGAACUGGAAAAUCUUCAAGAUUUCAAAACAGCUGAUGUACAUCUGCAAUUGAGAGUGCCCACUCAAACUGCUGUUUCCAUCUUGGACUACAGUGCUCUCAGUUCUAUCCAAAUGUGGGAUUUAAGGAGGUGUGUGUCUCCACUUGCAACUUUUUGAGCUUAUUCCUCAAUAUGGAAAGCACUCAUCAUGUCCUUUGAGCUUCAGACCGUUUGUAACAGCAAUGCAGAAAGACCCUGGGAACAGAAGUCAGCCUGUUUCUGAUGGCACCAGCCAGGAGAAAGUACAGGUUGCUCUGGUGUUCGCUCACACUAACAGCAAGAAUUUGUUCAGCUGAUCAAAUAGAAGAGAAUAGAUAAAUUUAGUAACAAGCUGGUGUUCUGCUGGCUUGUGACACAUCCUAACACCUAGAAUGUUUCUCCUUCUGUAUUUGAAUCUGAAUGUGAGAUCUCUCAUAUACCCUUGAGGGAAAUAAAUUUAGCAAUAUAAAUGCUCUUUCAGCAUUAAAUCUGAAUUAUUUAGGUAAUUACAAUCUAAAGAUGGGCUUGAACAUUCUAAAACGUUUGAGUGUUGGUAUUUACUGUUUUCCAAUCCUCUUAAAGAUUCAGGUGUGAUUCUGGAGUCCUUAACAUUGUGUGUGAUACCCAGCAUCAAUUAAUAUAUGAUGUGUAAUGUCUAUGGCCAAAUUAAAAAGAAAGUUACUAAAAUGUUUGUAAAAAGCUGCCUCUAGAAGACAGAAAAAAAUAAAAUAGUUGAAACAGAUUUCCUCAGGGAACAUGAGAGGGUUGUAAAGGCAGGAUGUGAGUUUGAGUGGAAGAUGUCUAAGUAAAAGAUUUUUUCUAUUUUAGGCAAAAUGAAAAGAGCAAUAUGUCACUACUUGAAUUAUUAAUAUUAUAAUGAAGUACUAAUUGAUGAACAUGAUCUUACUUAAUGCUGUAGCUUAGGAAGUUAAAAAAAAAAAAAAGUUAAUAUAAAAAUACAGAAAAUUAGCUUAAACCAUAACCUAAUUAUAAAGUAAAUCUAUACAUUUGUGUAAAUCUUUUCAGGAUCUAGUGUAAAUAUAAGGGCUUCUUGUCUACAAAGUUGCUUGGUCAAAACAUGCUUUGUCUGUAAUUGAAUUACUUCUUACCAAAUGACUUCAGCAAGCAAAAAAGCAGUAUGUCAGCAUGAUAUCCUGGAGAGUUGUGUACUGCACUUCGCAAAGGGCUACUUCUAUAUGAAAUUAAAAGAAAACAUCACCACAUAUUUUUUGUCAUAUAUACAAAGGUAUCAGCUUCAGUAAAUCCAAGGUUUUGAAUUGGGCUGUCCAGAAUUUUGAAAUCCACAAGUUUUGCAAAUUCUCCAUUUUACUUUGUUUUUACACAGAAGAAUCCUAUUUGAUCCAUAAUAAUCUUUUCCUAUCAAUUCUUUUUCCUGUGUCCAGGCACUCUGUUUUGCAACUUCCCAAAUAUGUAUACUGAAGUGAAUAAAAAUCAGCAUCUGCAAUAUUAGCAACUACAAAUGUAAAUAGCAUUGAUGUGGUGUCAGAAUUUUUAGUAUCAGUGUUUAACUGUAGUAAUUAAUUCUUAAAGUGAUCCUAACAAAUCUUUCAGGGAAGGGGAGCACAUAGUCUGUAAAUUACGAAGUACAACUGUACAGACAUAGAACUGCUGGUAUUACAAGAAUAAAAUGUAGGCUUAGGUUCAUGAGAGCACUCGAGUAUGUGUUUACCUCCACUUGUGGAGUUUGUUGAUGAGACCCCUCAGGCUCCUAAAGCUUGGCACACAUUUUUGAGCUCUUCUGAAAUCAGGCUUUGGCAAGAGCAGAUACUCCUAUAGCUUUGGCUGAAAUAUGCACUUUGUGGGACAAUCUGCCUUUUCCUGGAUUUAUGCAAUUGUGUUUAGAAGACCAGACAAUUUACAAAAUUCUUUUAUUAUUAUGAUUUUUUGCAUUGCAGAAGGGAAGAUGAGAAAGAGACAAGUUCAGCUGUACAUUUCAGCAUGUGAAAGCAUUGGUUAAGUUUGUAAAAGAUGUGUAUUUGACAUCAAGCUCAAAGAAACUUACUUGAGCACACUGAAAAAAAAUACAUGAUAAGCAGGUCACAUUAAAUAGAUUUUUAUUGUUCCAUCUGUAUUCCCUGUACGCUCAACACUCCUCCAGGCAGCUGGAAGCAUAGGAGCUCUGAGUAUGCAAGGAAAUAAAUGAGUUUACCUAAAAACUUUAGGAAUACUAUGUUUUUAAGCCACAAAUGAUGUUGCCUAUGUGUAAUUUUUAGCAUUAGAAGAAAAUAGAUAGUAGCCUUAUUAACUAGGUGCAAUACUUACAAAGGGCUAAACUAUGGAAACAAGUGAUGUGUGUUUGUACAUCACUGCAAGAAUGCACUCUCUGAAAACUGAAUUUUAUAGCACUGGGAUCUUAAUACCUCUCUGAAAUUAUAAUGUUGGUUUAAUUUUAUAACUGUUUAUUGUACAUUAUGAAACAGGAUUUGGGAAUUCCUGAGAACCAAAAGGAGGAGGGGGAAAUAGUAAAUCACAUAGACUAGUGGUAUAUUAUUUUACAUGACAAAAGUAAACUAAAACACCUUUACAAAGCCAUACAAAUUCUGGAUUAUUGAAAGAAAAAAAAUUCUUCCCUUGGUUACAGAGAUAAUUUAGUCUGAAAUUUCUCUUGAUUUGUCUCUUGCAUUUUCUCAAAGUUUUGGGGGUUUUUUUGUAUUCUGAUGGUGAAAACAUUCCUAAAUUACCAGUAUUUGGCUUGAAUGGUAUUUUGAAAGAGACUUUUAAAAUUGAGUUCUUCGUGAUAACUAUACAGUCUGAAUGAGAUCAUGCAAUAUGAUCUGCUCCAGCUAAAGUAAAGAGUUCAUACAAGAUUACAGGAAAAGAUUGCAUUGAAGAUUCAUUGUUCAGUCAUGAGAAAGAUCUGAACAAUCAAACUAAAAGCUCAAGUCACGUAUUUCUUCUCUCCAUCUGCACUGUGGGGUUGAUGGAAUACAGGCUGCCAAGUAUGGUGUAUCUGGCUAUCUCGCCCCUGUUUGGGGUUUUCUUUUUGCUGAUAAAUAAUGAAAUACAGAUAAUCUUCCCAUCUCUCUUACUGUUUUUGUCUUGUGCUCCAAGUGCAGAAUUAACUGAAAGACAGAAAUAUUCAGGUCUGUUGAACUGAGACUAGUUUUUUCCCUGUUUGACAGACUUCUAACAAAGGGCCAAAGUACAAAUGCAGGGGCAUUAGUCAAAAGGAACUUGAGCCAGUCAGGCAAAAAAAUUGCUCAGAAUUGGAUCCCAGUAGGAGGAAAUUGGUUGUAGGCAGUCAAAUACAGAAGUUCUGUGGUGGAAUUUUGGUGUUUUGGUUGUUUUUUUUUUUUGUAAAUUACAAGUCUGAUAAGAAGUCUUAUUACACAAUUAAGAGCAGAAUGCAGAUCACAUUGUAACAAGCUGAGCCCUCGAAGCAGUACAGGUUUUCUCAGGAGAGUUCAGUUAUUCCCACAAAUAACUUCAAUUGACAAGGGCUGCCCACACAGGUAAUGGUUGUAGAACAAAGGCUAUGUGUUUUCCACUGUGUACUUUCCACUGGAAUUGGGAGUGUGAAAUUGUGAAUCUCUCUUUCUGAGGACUUGAGAACUGUGCAUUCAGCUUUGUGAGAGGGAUGGAUACAGUGCACAUGUGUGGGGCUCUUGGAAGAGUUUCUAGUAAUACCAAAGUGGCAGUACUCCAGAUGUGCUACCUAGGGACGGAUUUAAGAGCUGUCAGGCUGGUGGCAUUCAGCCUCUAAUCUGUCCUACUGAUACCAGCCCCAGGGAGAAGGGGGUUUCUCAGUAUGGGAUCCAGGAUAGCCAGCCUGUUGUGAAAGGAGUCACCACCAAUAGUCCGAGUGCUGUUGGCUUGAGUGCUGCCUUUGUUGUGCCCAGCUUGAGGGAGAUUGGUUAUCCACAUGCAUUCAUGACAUGUUCAUAGCACAGAACACUCUUUUAAAGAGAAAGAAUCUCUUUUUCAGCAAUUAAAAUAAAACUGUGAGAUAACUUUUAUGUUACAGAAAGUUGCUGAAUGAGUCACAGCAUUGUCAGACUUAACAGGCAUGGUUGAUUUCCUCCUUCCAUAGCCAUGCUGCAGCUUCCAUGGGGACUCUCUCAGAGCCCUGGAACCUUAACCAAGUUUUUUCCCAAAGAUUUGCUGGAACCCAGCACUGAGCCCUAAACCAAAUUGGACCCCCAGGUAUAGGAGGCUCUUUCCAGCUCUUUCCCAACUCUUUCCCAGCUCUUAGACUUCCUAAGUUAGUGUUUUAUUAGUAGACCUUUAUAAAGGGGACAUUGUCCCAUCACUUGCCUCUAGCAUUUCUAACACAGCACCAUCCACUGUUGUAUUUGCAAGGAGCCAGACAUUAUCUUGGUCAGUCAUAGAGUUUGGGAAUACUAUUUUACAUUUAGAGCUCUGCAUCCUGCAUCAGAGUGCAGUUCCACAGCAGGUUAACAUGACAUAAGCUUGUGCUGCUGUUGAAAAAGCUCUUCCUACCCUCAGCAGAGAUGUUUCUAGAGAGAAGUUUCCUGAGUUACUCUGGCUUGAGCCAGUCUUACAAGUGUGGGUCUGUAUAAAAUGCUAGAUAGAUUAUGGCCUGCUGGGUCUGUGCUCCUGCUCUUUCAUGGGGCAGGCAUGGUAAUACUGCCUUUAUCCCACUCUGUCUUGUCUGGAGUCUCAUUAAGGACCUGAAGUUGCACAUACCUCUACAGCAUUAAACUUGGGACAGCUCCACUUAUGGCUGGUGGCAUUGAUUUUGAUAUGAAAUUAAAUAUAUAGGGGAAAAGAAUUAGAUCAAUAAUUGUACGUGCAAUGACUUAAGACCGCAUCUCAACUGUGUCAUGAUUUUGCAAAGCAGAUAUUGGAGGAGUUAAGGGACAUGAAAAACAACCUUACUGGACCUUGUUCCUCCCUGGAGCCAGUCGAAUUAUUCACGGUAAUCUCAGGCCUGUAACGUUCAUGAAGGGGGUGGGAAGUCAUGACCUCUGGGCUGCAGAGAACCAGGGUAUGCUUCUUACCCAGACAUGGUAACAAUUAGGAAAGAUCCUCAGCUGCUUUGCUAGUGCAGUUUUUCAGCCUUUUUUUAUUACAGCAUCAAUUUAAUAAUGAUGGGAACACUGGGCAAGAGAUAAAGGGUCAUCAGGUAAUUUGAAGGAAGAGAACCAUCAGCAUCAAUUGCACUGUGGUUUUUUUAACUCUGAAAAAGCAGGCAUGUUUUCUUGUCACUUGCUCUUCAUGUUGUCUCAUGUAAGAAAAGCAUUUCCAUCAUAGAAGGGGCUGAAUUUAGCAUAGGGUAAAUAGCUGUAGGAAACUAAAAACCCAAUUGCCUAGUUUUUAUAAGUAGGGGAUUUCUAAAAUACUCUGCUUGCAGAAGACUGCAGUCAGUAUUUGUAGCCACACAUCCUUUUUUCUUGCCUCAGUCACAAAAGAGAAAUACCUGCCUACAUACAUUGUACUUUGUUUCCUAUCAAAUCUUGUUUAAGACAAUAUAAAGUUCAAGUUCUUUUUUAAAUAUAUUUUUUCUGAAUUAUUAUUUUUAGAAUCAGAGCAUUUCCUCUUUCACUUCAGUGUAAAAUUACUGAGCUUUAAUUUUGCUUUGCCUUGCACUUUAUCUAUUUUUUUCACUUUUUGGGCCAUGUAUUUUUGAUACAGAAAACGGUAAAGGUUUUAUUAAUUCAGUUUUAACUUGAAAUUAACCAUGAAACUAAGAUGUUUUUAUAAAAAUGCAAGUUCCAUAAAAUACAGUAAAUAAUCUGUUUGGGUCAGAGACUUUUUUUAAUGAUGCAUUGAAAAAUAUUAUAGCUUCUGAAAUAAUUUAUCAUUUGGUAAGUUCAGUACAUUAAUGGAUAUCAUGGUUUAAAGUGGAAUAUGAAUGAGGAUGAGACAAAGUUCUAGACAGUAGAUUUCCUUAUAUGCAAAACCUGCAUUAGUUUAAUUGAUAAAGGUUUUAAAAAAUAGCCUUUUUUAAUUAAUAGGCAAGUUUAAAAUGCCAAGAGCUCAUAGAAAUUUGGAAGUGAGUUUAACUUAAGCACCCAGGGGCUGUUUCUCCCUGUGCUGACGCAGUGCUGUGCAGUGGGCAGCCUGUGAAGCUCCUGGGCUCUGCAGGGGCUGAACUCGUGCUGGUACAAGGCACCAGCAGGAGAGUAUGGAUUUUCCUGCUUUAAACAGCAGCUCUCCCAGCUUGCAGGCCAACUGCCAGGUUGGCAAUAGUAUUUCCAUUUAUUUUUCCUGACUUCAUCCUCUCUAGUUCUGGGAACUAGUGUCCUAAAGACAAUCCUUUUGUUCCUAAGUGAAUUAAUGAACUCAUCUUCCCUCUGGUUUUGAUGUUAAGCUUACAGCACUCACACUAUUGCAUGUAGUUUAUCUUAAUUUGUAGAGGCCAGUUUCAGCAUUUUAAAAAAAGAAAAGCUACUCUGCCCCAGCACAGAAUCCUUUCAAAUCUUAUGGAGCAUGCUGAAAAAUAAAGACCUUUUUGACUUUUA